AUGAAGUCCUUAUUUCUGCUCCUCUUCCUGCUUUUGGUGUCCCAUGGGUCUUCAGCGGUCAUCACAGGGGCAUGUGAGAAGGACUCCCAGUGUGGAGGAGGAAUGUGCUGUGCGGUGAGUUUGUGGAUUCAUAGCCUGCGUAUGUGCACACCGAUGGGAGCGGAAGGAGAUGACUGUCACCCCAUGAGCCACACUGUUCCUUUCAUUGGGAAAAGACUUCAUCACACAUGUCCCUGUCUACCCAACUUGUCAUGCAUCACUGUAGAGGAGGGACAAUCGAGAUGCCUCUCAUCAUAUCAGAGAGACCAAGACUACAUCUGAUGAGCAAUUUAAUGCUACCACUGUAAAUAUUUGCAACUGUUGUAGUAUUCAUUCAAAUAUUUUUGUAAUAAUGAGGUACAGUGUAUUUAGUACGGUAACACAGUAGUACAGUGGUCAGUAUGUCUGCCUCAGAGUUCUUAGGGGUGGGGUUCUAAUCUCAGCUCUGGCCAUCCUGUAUGUAGUGGGUUUGUGUGGGUUUUCUCCGGGUACGCCAGCUUCCUCCCACAUUCCAAAAACAUGCAGGUUAGGUUCAUUGAAGAUUCUAAGAUUGUCCAUAAGUCUCAAUGUGAGUGUGAAUGCUUGUUUGUCUGUAUGUGCCUUGCCACUAACAGGUGACCUCUCCGGAUUGUACGCCACCUCUCACACAAUGUCAGCUGGGAUAGCCUCCAGUUAACCUGUGACCUUAAUAUGGACAAGUGGUAUAGAAAAAAGGAGAGAUAAUAAGGUAUGGAUAUGCAUGGAUAAAUACAACAUCAUUCAAGUAAAUAUAUCAGUGAAAAUGAAAACAAAAAUCCAAAAGUUGCUGGCCUCAAUUGCCUUACUGGAGUGAAACUGCCAAAGGGAGGUUUGUUGUAAAACUAUUUAAUCAUAUGGAAAACUUGGGCAGAACUUUAUAGUGAAGCAGCCUCUCUAGAGAAUCAACAUUUUCAAAUAAAAACCAAAAAAAGCCACCUAUUCUUCAAUUCAAAUAAAUACAUUUGUGCAAAAUUCAGAAAGGGUUGUUGUUUUAUCACAUUUGAAAAAGAGCAAACACACAUAGACCUGAAAGCAGUCUUGUAUGAAGUACCUGAAAGCAACACUUGAGUCAAAGUAAAAGUGUCUUAACAGAAAAUAAAUGGUAGAAGUUAAAGACACAUUGUAGAAUAUUACUUGAGUACAAAUCUUAAAAUA